AAAAUUUACAAAAAUAUAAUUAUUACUAUGUCUCUUGAUUCUCUUAUUGAUGCUUUUGAAGCUUAUGAAAAUUCUAAUAGUACUGCUAAAUUAUCAGGAAAUAAUGAUAUAGAAAGUGAUACUGCUCUUAAAGAUUCAAUUCAAUUUAUAGAUGAAGAAUUAUUAUCUGAUAUUCAACUUAAAAAUUAUUUUGAACAACCAUUAAUUCAAUUAACAAAACAUAAUAUUGUUACUAAUAUACAAUAUUAUUUAACUUUUAUUGAAUAUUCUACAACUGCUAAUGAAAGCAUUGCUCAUAUUUUUUGUAUUGAAAAAUGGGAUAAUUCAUCUUUUUUAUUUAAAGAUGUUA